GAUAGAAUGAAAUCGAAAUACAUGAUGAUUUUCCUCUUUAUCAUCUUUCUACAAUUCAUUACUUCAUCAAACUCAAAAUCUAUCAUCAAGAAUCUCCCAGGCUUUCAUGGCGAUCUUCCUUUCACUCUUCAAACUGGAUACAUUGGAAUGGGAGAAGAUGAUUCUGUGCAAGUUUUCUACUACUUCGUUGAGUCACAAAGAAGCCCGUCGGAUGACCCUCUUCUUUUGUAUCUCACUGGUGGCCCCGGCUCUUCUGGACUCUAUCCGUUCCUCUACCAAAUUGGUCCAUUAAGUUUCAAUUUUGAAAGUUCAAAGGGCGAUAACAUUACAUUGGAGUUGAAUCCAUAUUCGUGGUCUAAGGCUGCUAAUGUGAUAUUCGUAGAUCUACCGGUUGGCGUUGGGUUUUCUUAUGCUAAAACAUUGGAAGCAUCAAGGAGUAGUGAUUCCAUUUUAGCAGUACAAAGUUAUGAAUUUCUAAGAAAGUGGCUUGUUGAGAACCCCAGGUUUCUGAAUAAUCCAUUGUACAUAUCUGGGAUUUCAUACAUGGGUAUUGUCGUACCAAAUGUAGCUUUGGAGAUAUACAAUGGCAAUGAACUUGGAAAUCAACCGCAACUCAACAUUAAAGGAUGCCUAAUUGUUAACCCUCUCACGGAUAAGUUCAUCAGCUUCAAUGCAAGAUUUGAGUUUGCUCAUCGCCUUGCACUUAUAUCAGAUGAUAUCUACGAGUCCACAAAAGCAACUUGUGGUGGUAACUAUGUAUACAAUGAUCCGCUGAACAUCCUAUGUGCGGAUAAUCUUAAACGGGURGAUGAGUGCACAAGCAUAAUUACGUUUGGGAAUAUAUUGCAGCCAAGGUGUGAUGCAAGAGACAUGGAGCCAACUUGUAAAACAUAUACCGACACAUUUAUAGAAACUUGGGCAAACAAUAAAGAUGUUCAGAAAGCUCUCAACAUUCGUGAGGGAAUAAUUGAAAAGUGGGAGACCACGAACAAGAGUAUCAGUUAUGAUUUUAAGAAAAACGACACCAUUUAUUACUCCUACGACGUCUGGAGCAGUAUUCCAACCCAUAAACAACUUCUUACCAAGAACUGUCAAGUUUUGAUCAUAUGUGGUGAUCAUGACAUGGUGUUUCCAUACGUGGGAACUGAGAAAUGGAUAAGGACUCUUAAUCUUYCGAUUGAAAGCCCAUGGGAACCAUGGUUUGUUCGUAACCAAGUUGCAGGAUACCAAAUGACAUAUGCACAAAGUGGAUCCUCCAUAAAAUUUGCAACUGUUAUGGGUGGAGGUCAUCCACUGGCAGCGUACAGCCCUGAAGAAGCUUUGGUCAUGAUGGAUGGGUGGCUUACUUCUCAUGCUUACUUAAGUGACUCCUAAGCACAAAGAGAUUAGAGUUUUCAUCCAUCUUUAUUCAUAACUAGUGUUCGGUCCUUAUAAAAAAUCGUAUAUUUUAUUUUACUUGUUUAUUUUUUAAAAUCUAUUGUUAGAUGGAGUAUAUUGCAAAUUUAUAUGUAAUAUUUAUAGUGAUUGAAAUUGUAAGUUCCAAAUAAUUACUAUUGUAAAAUUUGGUUUAUAAAGAUUGGUUUCAAACUUAUUUAGUUAAAAGUUGACAAAU